CGUCCUUGAAUAUUUUACAGGCGACCCCAGAGCAACUAUCUGCCUUACCAGUAGUCAGCUCUCGUAAAUCACCCGGAUCUCCGACAUUUCGUCCUCCACGAAAAUACAGCAUCAGCCGUUCUUUGGACAGCAUGCCACCAGCUGCGACGAUACCGCCUGACAACAAUGUUGUACCGCCCAUCAAGGUUCUCAUUGUCGAUGAUAAUCCCAUAAACCAGCGGUUCAUUGCCAGGAAUCUUAAAAAGAUGAAGGUCAAAUAUGAUGCUGUAUCUGACGGUCAGGCGGCGGUUGAGAAAUGGCGUACAGGGGAAUUUCAUCUUAUAUUGAUGGAUAUACAAAUGCCCAUCAUGGAUGGCAUCCAGGCAACUAAACAGAUCCGCAGAGAAGAAAAAUGGAGGGCCAUCCAUGGUUGUUUACAUGGUCCCAGUGGCGACGAUAUGACACCGCUAGCCCAAACACCAACAGAAACUCCCGCGACAACGCCGUAUCCUUCCAGUGUUAUCAUUGUCGCACUUACCGCCGGUUCGAUGGAACGGGAUCGUGUAGAUGCGUUAGCUGCCGGUUGUAACGACUUCUUAGUAAAGCCGGUCACCACAGUUUGGCUGAACAACAAGCUCUCAGGCGGAGCAAGCUCGAUCAGUAGCAGAACGGUUGGCCGUACCUGAACAUCGAAGGACACCCUCGCCGGGUCAACCUUCCGCCAGAAGAGUAUCGACGGCCCCCCAUCCUCCACCAC